AAGCGCUGUAAUUCUCCGUGAAUCAGUGGUGUGCGUACUCCUCAGAGCGACAGCGGGUAUGAGCCGGCCAGACCUGCUGAUAUGGGCUUUUAAUUCACGGUGAGGCGGUGUUGUUUACCGGAGGACAUGUCUCUGUCAUCCACACAGAGCUCAGACACGAACAGCCGGAGGAGGAGACCGGCUGAACACACACAAGAUCCUUCAUGGGAGCAUGAUGCCCACACAUGUCAGAAUCAUGAACCGAUUCAUGACCAACUGUGUGGAAGUCUGCAACGAAAUUCAACAGACACUCCAUCUUCAUAUCCUUCUGUAUGUCCUGCACUGUGCACAACAAAAUGCAUACCUGCACAUGCAUGUCCGAGCCAUCACGGCUGCGAUGACAGCUGGGUGGAGAUCCAAAGCAAAAGAACCAUCAGAGCAGAGAACGAAGUGGAAGCCAACAAACUGGUCAACAACUACAGGUUUGGUUUUAGAAAAUGGAAGAGCCAUGUGACUGAGCGUCCGUUUGAAGUCCGGUCAGAGGUCGUGAAAGAGCUCUACUCUGAACUGAAUGUCAUUAAACCGCAUUCAGGUCGUCUCAUCUCGUGUGGAAAUAUAGCGUACGUGAUUCUCUUCGGUUGGUGGAUCUCUCUGGCUUAUUUCCUAGUUGGCCUGCUUAUGUUCAUCACUAUCAUUGGUGUACCAUUUGGAAAACUGUGCUGGAAGUUGUGCUGCUACUUCCUGUGGCCAUUCGGCAAGUCAAUCCACGAGAUUGGAAAUACAUUAAGAAGAUGUUGUGAGCAAGCACCAGACUGUGAGUGUAACAUCGAGGGAAUGGAGGAUAACUCGCCAGUUCUGUUGCCUUCACCCACUGAAGUGCCAGUCCCAGAGUGGCCAGGACGACCUCUGCGCACUCCCUACUGGCGUCGCUUCUCCACCUAUGUGUGGCUGCUACUGGGAUAUCCCCCUCUGGUGGUCAUCCACUCUCUGGCCUGCUUCUUCUCCUGGAUUCUGGUCUUUACCAUCCCUGUUUCCAAGAUGAACGCACGGACUCUGGGCGUCAUUCUUCUCUUGGCUCCUGAGGAUGUCUCUGUCUCUACCUGCUCACAGAGGAAGCAUCAAGGCUAUGAGACCAGGGCACUGCUGUGCUGCUACCACGCUGUAAACUGGUACUACUACAAGUACACAGUUGAUGGGAUCAAUGUGUUUGCUGUCAACCUGCUCCCUCUAGUGAUAGUUGCCAUGGUAAUUGGAUACAUUGACAGAGAAAACCAGUACGCCAGCUCUGAGGUCAAGUUUGCCAUAGCAAUCGGCUCCAUCAUACCUCUGUCUUAUUAUAUUGGUAUGGGCAUAGCCAGUAUCUCAGCUCAGAGUAACUUUGCUGUGGGUGCGGUGGUGAACGCCAGCUUCGGUUCCAUCACAGAGUUGACCUUUUACAUCACCGCCUUGCUCAGAGGUCACCAGGCGGGAAACCCGUGUCUGCAGGAGGUUGUCAAGGCAGCACUGACUGGCACGCUGCUCGGAUGCAUCCUCUUCAUCCCUGGUAUCUGCAUGAUAAUUGGAGGGCUGAGACAUAGUGAGCAAACAUUCAACAGUCGCUCUACCGGAGUGAGCUCACCGCUGCUUUUCAUCUCUGUAGGAGGUGUGUUUGCCCCCACACUGUUCUCCAAGGCUUAUGGAAAUCUGGUGUGUGACGCCUGCACCAACUCCACUGGAGGAAAAAGCCAGAGCAACGCCAGCGGACCAUUUGUCUGCCACAACUGCCACUACGAGCUGAACAAUGGCACAUUGUUCCACAACCAUGUUGAGCCACUGGUGUACACGGUGUCUGCCCUCUUACCUGUUGCCUACAUCAUUGGUCUGAUAUUUACACUGAAGACGCACUCCCACAUUUAUGACAUCCAUGUUGGAGAAGGACAGGUGUCUGGCCACCAUGGAGCAGUGGUCCACUGGUCACGGUGGAGGUCUCUGGUCAUUCUCAUCAUGGCCACCGUGCUCACAUCUGCUUGUGCCGAUCUCGUCACCGAGCACAUCCAGCCCAUACUAAACCAGCCUAACAUCUCUCAGUAUUUCAUUGGGGUGACAGUUCUCGCGAUGGUUCCGGAAAUCCCAGAGAUUGUUAAUGGAAUCCAGUUUGCACUCCAAAACAACAUCAGUCUGAGCUUGGAGGUGGGAAUCUGUAUCGCUGUUCAGGUCUGCAUGCUACAGAUUCCAAUCCUGGUCUUUUUUAAUGCUUUCUAUGACGUGGGAUUUGUGCUGUUAUUCAGUGACCUGCACCUGUGGGCCAGUAUCUUCAGUGUGAUUCUCGUGAACUACAUCUUCAUGGACGGAAAGUCUGAUUAUUUUCAGGGCACAGCUCUGGUGGUCGUCUACCUUAUUCUCCUGGCUCUGUAUUACUUUGCUCCGUCUCCAGCAGGCUGCUGACUGUCAGACUCACACAGUUGAAGCCUGCAGCACAAUAUUUAAUACCAUUGCCGAUUUUCUCCAGACAGGAUUAUGACUUAAUGUGUGAAUCCUGACAGUUGACCUUUUAUUUGUGUUUCUUAUGCUUUUCCCUAAAUUAUACAAACUGAAACUUUUAAUCUCAGGUAGCUACUAAUUACUCCUACUGUACGACUGUAAAUUUGUAUAGGUUGUAAGCCAACAUGUCUAACUAUGUGUCCUUAGACUAAUAACUUAUUUUGGUCUUUGUGGUGAAAGAAAGAAAAGCAGUAUUUUUACAGCACAAACGGAUAUUAUAGUGUAAGGUAUCUGCACUGAUGGUAUUUUGUUUAAGAUGAAUACAUUUUGUAUACUAUAAAAUGGUGUGUGUCUGACAGAAUGUGGCAUGGCAAGAACAAGAACGACACCCGUCAAUACAACCUUUUGAAAAAGUGGCUGUCUGUGUUUUUAUUGUUUGUACAGACAGGAAUUACAAAACAUAAUUUACAUUACAGCCAUAAUCAUCUGUGAGGAGACAUUCACCUUUUCUCCAAAAAGCUUAUGUAAAGUGGCAUGCACACCAUACAGACAUGCAGAAGAGAUCAUUUCAACAUCAACCAUGAUGCAAAUACAAACAUCUCCCAUCUUAAACAAGGCAGUACAUUUAUCAAGUCCAAGCAUGUAAGGCAGACUGCCCCUUCACAAUAAGAUAUAAAUAAGGCUGUAACAUGUCAAACAGGAUAAAAAGUAACUGAGUUUGAACGUGAAAACUGGCGUUAAGAUUCAGUUUUUAAGAAUUAGCUUAGUAUUCUUAUACAGUGAAAAAAAUAGGUGAAAAUUUAAAAAAAAUAAAUAGGCAAACGUGUCUCCAUACAUGCUGGGAGUAUCACUGCAAUAUUUGACUUUUACAGUCUGCAGUAACCGCAUAAGAUUUGUCUUCAUAAAUCAUGUUGGCGUACCGAAAUUUGGUUUCACAAAAAUUACUAGGUCUGUCAACAUUUUGAUGAAUGUUUUCGGAGCUCUACAGACCGAGUCUAAUCACAGUAUUUAACAUCCUGAGUACGCCUUUACAUGCUCUACCUUGUUACAAGUUACAAAAAUCCCAUGACACUUGUUUUUCAAAAAGCACCGCAGCACGACUUAAAAUUAAAAAGUUCAAAAUACGUUACUUACAGUACAGAAAAGGUUACAGAAAGGCUGAAAUUGGGAUGAAAAAGAAAUGCGGCAUGUUCUGCUACAAUUCAAAGCUUCGUAAUGAAAUAAAACAGCAGCACAGUGAUUGAAAUAAAUAGGUAAAAAAUAAAUAAAAAAAAAAAAAAAAAAAUCUAUGUGGAUUUAAAAAAGGAAAAAAUCUUUAGCGGUGUCUCCUGAUUAAAUCAUGUGGUUCAGCAACAAAAUGUGGAAAGCACCAUGGCAGGGGAAAGAAAAGGCUACACAGUUGAGAGUACUGAACAAAUAAAAACCUUAAAGAUUCAUGUACACAAAUAUAAACACAAUGUGUGCAUGACAUUUUGGAAAUUCAGAAGGCACCAAAUGAAUAAAUAAAUGUAAAAAAAAAAAAAAAAAAGGCGUGAGAAUCACUUUGGAGCUACAGGUGUGUAAAAUCACUUCAUGUUUCCAAAAAAAAGGAUGAAGAAUCAAAGAGGCACGAAGAAGAUGCACAGUGAUGCCAUGUUACAGAAAGAUCUGAUCACAAGGCCUCAUGUGAGGGGAACGUUUGAACGGUAGAGUUAUAAUCACGGCUCAGUGACAGCAUGCAAUCAGAGAAGUCCUUGAGGUUAAGACAUCCUUAUUGAUCUAAUUAAGACAGUUAAGAGGUAUCACAGUUAUAACGUGUCCAUGCUUUAUCAGAUUUCUACCUAACUGAAUGGAAAUGUAAGUUUACAUCAGCACUGUUUGUUAUUUCUUAUCGAACCUAUGUCACAGUGGGCAUCGCAGCAGCUGACUGAACAUGUCUCAGCCUUUGAAUGGAAAACUACACGAGCAGAAGCAACAUUCAUGUUUCAUGUGAUCUUUGGAGCGAUUUCCGUUCAUGCUGCACAUGUUUCGGAUCAUGAUGCAUGGUAGAGAAUGAAAUAAAACCAAAGAGUGCACUACAAAGAGGAUCUAAAAUGACAGCAAGUACCUUGAAGUGAAAAUGUGCAUACUACAGUGAUUCUGGCGGAGGCGUGCAAACUGAAAUGUGACACGUAUUUACAAGGAAACUCAAAACGCUCCACUAUGCAUAU